AUGGGCUCUGGGGUGCGUGUGAGUCCAGUCCGAUUUCACAGUGGUGUGAAAUCUGCUCAGUUCAUUGUAUUCAUGUUUGAAACAGUGACCUCUACUGGAGUUGACUGGUUUGGACUUUGUUUUGCAUGGCUGUUUAUUUCUCCUAGUAAACGUCAGUAUCAGUGUUAGAUGUUUUAGGUUAGAGGUUGUUAUGCAAGUAUCUUCUGGUUUGUUGUCUAUUAAUGGGCAUUUUGUCUUGCUUUUCUUUUCUCUGUUUCUCUUUCCUUGUCGUCUUGGUCAGUCCGUAAAGGGGAAGUGGCUCUUCUGAGAUUCAGUGAAUCAUUUUAUAGUCAAAAUAUGGCAAUAUGCCUGUACAUGAACUAAUAACCGAAAUUAAAUUGCUGGUUGUGUGUUAACGUGUCCUGAUUGGAUAUUUCUGCUACAGAGUGACAGAAAAGGACGCAGUUAAACGGUUAUAAAGGGUCAAUUGCUUGAAUGGAAUAAAUGGAACAGUCAAACGUGGUUUCCAUAUUUUUGUGUUUGAUACUGUUCCAUUUAUUCCAUUCCAGCCAUUACAAUGACCCCGUCCUCCUAGAGCUCCUUCCACCAGCCUCCUCUGACACACACACUGGGAGGUGACUAGGGCUGACUCCAUUUAGUCGACUGGUGGACUGUUUGGUCGAUAGGCUGUUGGUCGACUGAGAUUUUAUUUGUUUAACAGUGGCAAAUUGUUUUAGUUUUUUUUCAUGGCGCACAAGACACCUGUCUGAUUUGUGCCUCUCUCAGUGGACUAAUCCAUUGUGGAGGCCGUGGGGAUGGCACAGUCCAUCACUCUAAGACGUGCUACUGAAAUUGUAUAUGGUUAUAUUACGUAAGAACAAUGGUGCAAAGCUAAUAAAAAUAAGAUUUUUUUAUAACAAAUGCGCUUUUUCCCGCAUUUGAUAGCAGUCGCUGUCAGAGGUUCUGAAACAUAAUCUUCAGUGCGCCGUUGAAUUGGUGCCUUUCCCUAGACCAUGUUGCUAGACCAUGUUGCUAUGUGCUUUCCCCCUUCUGAUAACCAGGUGGCGAAUCGCAUCUCUGCAUGUCUGGCAGACAUAUCAGUAUGGAUGACGGAUCACCACCUCAAGCUGAACCCUGGCAAGACGGAGCUGCUCUUCCUCCCGGGGAAGGACUGCCCGUUCCAUGAUCUCGCCAUCACGGUUGACAACUCCGCUGUGUCCUCCUCCCAGAGUGCGAAGAGCCUAGGCGUGACCCUGGACAACACCCUGUCGUUCUCCGCCAACAUCAAGGCGGUGACCCGCUCCUGCAGGUUCAUGCUCUACAACAUUCGGAGAGUACGACCCUGCCUUACACAGGAAGCGGCACAGGUCCUAAUCCAGGCACUUGUCAUCUCCCGUCUGGACUACUGCAACUCGCUGUUGGCUGGCCUCCCUGCCUGUGCCAUUAAACCCCUACAACUCAUCCAGAAUGCCGCAGCCCGUCUGGUGUUCAACCUUCCCAAGUUCUCUCACGUCACCCCCCUCCUCCGCACACUCCACUGGCUUCCAGUUGAAGCUCGCAUCCGCUACAAGACCAUGGUGCUUGCCUAUGGAGCAGUGAGGGGAACGGCACCUCUGUACCUUCAGGCUCUGAUCAGUCCCUACACCCAAACGAGGGCAUUGCGUUCAUCCACCUCUGGCCUGCUGGCUCCCCUUCCUCUGCGGAAGCAUAGCUCCCGCUCAGCCCAGUCAAAACUGUUCGCUGCUCUGGCACCCCAAUGGUGGAACAAGCUCCCUCACGACGCCAGGACAGCGGAGUCACUCACCACCUUCCGGAGACAUUUGAAACCCCACCUCUUUAAGGAAUACCUGGGAUAGGAUAAAGUGUUCCUUCUAACCCCCCCCCCCCCCCAAAUUGUAAAGUGGUUAUCCCACUGGCUAUAGGGUGAACGCACCAAUUUGUGAGUCGCUCUGGCUAAGAGCGUCUGCUAAAUGACGUUAAUGUGCCCUUGAGCAAGGCACUUAACCCUAAUUGCUCCUGUAAGUCGCUCUGGAUAAGAGCGUCUGCUAAAUGACUAAAAUGUAAAAUGUAUGUAAAUGCAUAAAAGCAAAGUUAAACAGCAUAUUAGUGUUGAGAAAAAUGUGGUGGAGGCCACAGGUUGGUGGCACCUUAAUUGGGGAAGACGGGCUUGUGGUAAUGGCUAGAGCGGAAUGAGUGGAAUGGGAUCAAACACAUGGUUUCCAUGUGUUUAAUGCUAAUCCAUUCGCGCCGUUCCAGACAUUUAUUAUGAGCCGUCCUCCCCUUAGCAGUCUCCUGUGGCAGAGGCAGCAGCGGAGUGAGGAGACAAGGAAACAGCCCAUGCCUUAAUUGUCUAAGAAAAGUGAGGAGAGAGGAAACCCCAACUUAAUUAGGCCUAUAGGCUAAUCAGUAGCCUAACUGUUAAAUGUUCCUGGCUUUAUAAAUCAUCCAUAUAUACUGGGCCUUCAGAAAGUAUUCACACCCCUUGACUUUUUCCAAUGUUGUUGUUUUAGCAAGUGGGAUUAAAAUGGAUUUAAUCGUAGUAUUUUGUCAAUGAUCUACACAAAAUACUCUAAUGUCAAAGUGGAAGAAAUAUUCUAACAUUUGUCAAAUACAAAAUGAAAAAUAAAAAAGGAAUAUCUUAAUUAGUUAAGUAUUCAACCCCCUGAGUCAAUACAUGUUAGAAUCACCUUUGCAGCGAUUACAGCUUUGAGUCUUUCCGGAUAAGUUACUAAGAGCUUUGCACACCUGGAUUGUACAAUUUUUAAAUUCUUCAAGCUCUGUCAAGUUGGUUGUUGAUCAUUGCUAGGCAGCCAUUUUUAAGUCUUGCCAUACAUUUUCAAGCAGAUUUAAGUCUAAACUGUAACUAGGCCACUCAGGAAUAUUCAAUGUCGUCUUAGUAAUCAAAUUCCAGUGUAUAUUUGGCCUUGUGUUUUAGGUUGUUGUUCUUCUGAAAGGACAAUGCUGGACGAAGGGACCUUACAGAUAAUUGUAUGUGUGGGGUACAGAGUUUAAGUAGUCAUUCGAAAAUCGUGUUAAACACUAUUAUUGCACACAGUGAGUCCAUGCAACUUAUUAUGUGAUUUGUUGAGCACAUUUUUACUCCUGAACAUAUUUAGGCUUGCCAUAACAAAGGGGUUAAAUACUUAUUGACUCACAUUUCAGCUUUACAUUUUUUAGUAAUUUGUAAAGAUUUCUAAAAACAUAAUUCCACAUUGUCAUGGGGUAUUGUGUGUGUGUGUAGGCCAGUGACACAAAAUCUAAAUUUAAUCCAAAUUAAAAUUAUGCUGUAACACAAAAUGUGGAAAAAGGGUGUGAAUACUUUCUGAAGGCACUGUAUCUACAGAAUUAACACAGAUCCUGCUUCUGUUGCCUGUUUGAGUGUUUGUUUAAUAGCCUACUGAUUCAGUGAGUUCCAAGCCUCAUGUCGGAUAAAGCAGUUUCACAAAUUCUGCUGUUUAAAAAAAAAUAAGAUUGUAAUCCAACAGCACCUGUUUGUUACGCAUAAUACGCACGCAGCGCUCGCUCCUAUAGGAGAGAACAGGGCCGAAAGUCAUUCGUUUUUGUUGUUUACUCAGACAUCGAUAGAGCUAGAGACACCAUAUUUUAUGACAAACCAAUUAUAUAUGUCAUUUCUAGGGUAAAUGAGUUGAAAUUUAAAUAGACCGAGAACAUAACUACCGCAACGUUACUUUUGUACCUGCCAGCUGGGCGGGAGUAACACAACCUUGGGACUAAAGUAACAACCACAAUAUUUUGCAAUCAGACUAAAAUGGAUCACAUAAUAGCUAUAGUAACCAUCAUUUUCUCAUCUCACUUUAAAGGGAAUGUAGUAGGAGAUGUUUUUCACCAUUUAUCAAUGACUAUUCAUGCUUAGCCCUACCAAUCAGGUGUGCUCCAGCUGUCCUUGUCAUGGGCGCUCCGCAUGUCGUGAUAAAAUAACUGUCUUUAUUCUCUUCACAAACGGCAAACUCAUCAUGUUUAUCACAUUUCUAUGGCUUGACAAAAGGUAAUUGACCCACAGAAUCAUAGUGUUUUUUUAACCACUAACCUGUUGAUUAUAAGCUCAAGUGAAUUGCUUAAGGCAUAGUUCUAAUGAUGUCAAUUUUCAAACAUUCAGUCAAGUUGCUAUUUUGUUAACAUUAUAAAAGCAAUAUCAACUAGAGACAAUGGCAUGUGCUUAAAUGUUUUUAUUUUAUUCCAGGUCAUCAGUGUUAGGUUCUAAGAUUCUGGUACAAAUUCCAGUCGGAGUCCGAAGAAAGCUCAGGCUAGAUGUAUUAAACCACUCAGGGUCAUACAGCUGCAAAGACAAAGUAUUAUUAUACACGCACAUAUAUUUGUACCCUCUUUCCAGACAAGACCCCCCCAGAGUCUAGGAUAUACAAUGCAUCUCUGUGGCUAGCCAGGUGGUGUUAUCGUCCCAACCCGAGUACGGAACCUUUGCAUCUCCCGGUCUACUUAUCAGUCAGGAGAAGCUUUGAGACUAGGGAGUAUACAUUCUUGCAGCCUGACUCAGUCCAUUGUUAAUUAUCCGGACUCGUACACAAAGAGCAAUUUGAGAAGAAGCAACCCAUUCGUACUCAAGUGAAUGUAAUGAUGCAAAACAUAUUGAGAGAAUAUAAUGAUAUAAAAACAGUGAAGCUAUAAGACGGUGUCAUAGGGCAGUAGUUUACAAUCAAUUAGCUCUAACACAUGCCUCCCAUCUCACCCUUAUGGAAACAUUUUGUGUCAGAGACAGGCCCCCUUUGAUAUAUAAUUAUAAAUAUACUAAAACAUGCUCAAGUCAAUUACUAAGUUUUCAACAUCAGUUUACAUUGUUACUUUCGUCCCACCCAUCUCGCUUGUAACUAAUGUAAAAAAAAAAAUGUAUGCUCUGGAUAAGAGCGUCUGCUAAAUGACUAAAAUGUAAAAUGUAAGAAACAUAUCGAUAUGUAGCUAUACCCAGGGGCGUCAUUUGGAUUCUUGCAUUGGAAUUCUAUUGAAUUUUGCUUAUGUCUCGCUAUACCACAAUAAACAUACGUUCAAAUGCUUUUGACCAAGAAGUGACAGGUUCAAUGGCACGAAAUCGCUGAUGCGCUCUAUCAGCAACAUGGACAGCGCCCUACACUCCAAAGCAAGAUUUUGAUAAAAAAACAACCAGCUAGACAACAACCAGCUCCUUGAUUUUCUGUGGAACUUCCUGAGUAAUCGAUCAUUCCAUUCUCCCCGGAAUCUUGUAAGAUCCCCCUCAAAUGCCAGUUGUACUAGUUGAGCUUUCCUCGGGUGUAACAUGCUUCUUCGGUGCUGACUGAACACGUUUGUCAAAGGUGGAAAAUGAGUUCUCACAUGUAGCUGUGGACGCCCCAAAAGUCAGUCCAUGUUUCAGUGCAGUAAGCACGGUCGGCAUAGCGGAGAGGGGCCCAGAGAAGCAUUGCAGGAUAUCAAGUGGGGUCCAUUUGUCCUCAUUGGAGCCAGAGCGGGCGAUUUCAGUCUGCAAAAACUGGCGAGCGACACUAAACUCAGCUUCCACCAAAUCGGCUUUGCUUAGAUCCAGCAGUGGUUUCAUCUUUUUCAUAGAUAGAAAGUCAUGGCUCUCUCUAUUUUCACAUCCAUUAGGAUCCUUGGUCCCAUCUACCUUCAAUGUGUACCAAGAUUCUCCGACUUCUUUAACUAUUUCCUCAGUGACAAUCUCACUCAUGAGCCCUAGGAUUUCAUUUUCAAUAUCGUGUCAUGUGUAUGUGGCAUUGCGGGGUAUGGUGCUAAACACAUUGGCAAGUUCUGUGUCUUUUCGGCGAGUAUAUUCCAUCAUAGACCCAAAAAAAUCCACUGCCCCUCUUGACUCUAUUGCAUCCAAUGUUCCCCUCAGUGGUUGCUGGUUUGAAACAAGGAACUCGAUAAUGUCCACAAUCGCCGGCAAAUACAUGCAAUUUCUUGCCAGCUGCACAUUAUAAACAAGUGUUGACCCUGAUGUUCCCAUAGCACUUUGAACAAAUCUUUCUUUCAAUAGUGCAGUGCAUUUAAAAUGCUCUUUGCUUGAUGCGGGCGUAGCAAAUCCUUUGGUACUAUCAAUAGCAUUCUUCCAGUUAGAAUACCCAGCAUUGUCUGCGUUAGCAUUGGACCCAACACAUACUUUCGACAUGGGAAACAAAAUGCUGCGUUUGCUGUAACCGAGUAUUCCAGCCACUCUCUUCCUAUGAACCAGUUGUUGCUAUUAAAUUAAUGUUUUUGGACAGAACCUGCGCCUAGGGUGGGAUUCUAGGCUAAUCUGGGCUGGCUCCUCUGUUCCAAGAUCAUCAGGAACAGUCGGAGGUAGAGGUGGCUGUAGAGCCAUUAUCCUGGUGGUGCUUGUGGAAGGGUGGGUAGGCUCUGCACGUGGAGAUAGCUGGAGCUCGGCAGCAUCAUCUCUGCUGGGCUUGGCGGCGGCCCUCUGGUUUGAUGCUGAUGCUUAUCGCUCUCCUUCUCCUUUGUUUGGGUACUUUGGCCAAGCCAGUUUCUGAUAUCCAUCGGGGCAGAUUAGCUGAUUCGAGUUAGCUAAAUAAACUAAGGCUUACAACACUAACGCUUUUUACAGCUAGCUAAGCAGCUAAUUAAACUCUGUAGUGGUGGGACGUGAGACAAAGUUGAGUGAAGUUAUUCACUUAGCCUACCACAGAGGUCAGAAGUGUUUUUCCCUGCUUUUUAUGGAAACCCAAAGGAGUCAUACCUAACCGCCCAGUGGCUUUCCAUAGCCCCCCUACACACACUGCAGCGCGCUCUGUCCAUUGUGCUGACACAGCGCAGCCUGCCACUCGAUCAUUUUAAAUGUUUUGCUAUUUUUAUAUUGGGACAUAAAACUUAAACUGAGGGAGAGUGGUACGAUUGUGUUAAAGUUAUUGGGGGGCCCAUUCUACUCAGGAGCACUUCUAGUUUCCAAAUCCACAGAGUUGACACUCUAAAUCAAUUGCUGUCGGGCUCCCUCUUCAGUUAUUUGUGUGUCUUAAUUAUUUAAUCAAACAGUGCACUUAAAGCAUCAGACAAGCUCAGUGUAUAUAAUUGAUUGUAUUAAAACACAUUCUAUAUGGAAAAAUACACAUUUUAACAUUUCAACCAAUCAAUUACUCGAAAGAACAGACGACUCAGUCGAGAUAGAUAGAUAGAUAUAUACAUACAUACAAAUUAAAUGUCAGGGACAAAAAUAAAUAUACACACACAUUCUCAACUUGUUUGCCUCUUACUCCCUCUCUCUGUCCCUCGUCACUAAUCGACUCGUCCUCCUGUCUUUCUGUGCUAUAGCUGAUCGACUCGUUUGUCUGGGAGAUCGGGAAUCUGAAGAAGGAGAUGGUGCAAAAGGCUGAGGUAGCAGAGGGAGACCCAGAGCCUGUAAUACUACAGGGGUAAGUGUGUGUUAAAACCGACAGACAAACUGACUAAAAAAAUUGUUAUUUCUGUCCAUCUGUCUGUCCAUCCGUUUACUCUAGUAGUGGUACGAUGAGCAGACUUGCUUCAGCCUUUUCAUGGGCUGAUGUAAAACUAACGUUAGCUGUGCAUGGUAGAGGGAGGGGAAAAGGAGGAAGACAUUAAAACAGUGAUUGUUUCCUUGAGGAACGAGUAGAAUUCCCUUUCAGACCACUUUCAGUUUGUAAUAACAGAUGUUGAAUUCAUUGUUACUGGAUGUUUGAUGAGAAAGAUUAAUGAGGAUGAUGAUGCUGAUGAUGAGUGUCAGUUUGAGUAACGUUGAUUGGAGUUCUGUAGUUUCCAGUGUCCACCAGCAAGUGGGGAUAGUGUGCUCUGGUCAUUCAGGUAGAUGAGUUUCAUGAUGUCAUUGUGUUGACCAGAUGUCAGAGGGAACGGUGGAAAGCGUAUCAGGGAUUUCCAAAGUGAACACCAAGCAUAUUUGUGUAAAUUAGAUUAUGGUUUACAAAAAAUGGGUUACAGGUUACCUGAUAUUAGGUGCAUAAUGACAUGUAGAUUAAACUGGGUGUACAAAACAUUAGGAACAUCUUCCUAAUAUGGAGUUGCACACCUUUUGCCCUCAGAACACCCUCAAUUUGUCAGGGCAUGGACUCUACAAGGUGUGGAAACCGUUCCACAUGGAUGCUGGCCCAUGUUUACUCCAAUGCUUCCCACAGUUGUGUCAAGUUGGCUGUAUGUCGUUUGGGUGGUGGACCAUUCUUGAUACACACGAGAAACUGUUGAGCAACUGUCUCCUCCCCUUCAUCUACACCACAUGUGUCAAACACAAGGCCCACAGGCCGAAUCCGACCCAUUACACAUUUCAAUUAAUUUUGGCCCCCGUAAUACCACCCGUAAUGCGCUGCACUACAAGUCACAGCAAGCACUGCCAAAGUGCUGCACGCCAAAUGGCAGUGCAUUGCGACACACACACACCCCUCACACAUGAGCCAGCCAGUGCGCUGUAAUAUAUCGUCAGUAAUGGCACUGACCGAAUCUUCUACCAAACCGAAAGUUUAAAUGUGUUGGCUAAAUGUCCAUGCCAAGUUUAGAUUCCAACGGGUCAUUGCUGUAGCCUACAAAAAAUGUCAUCUUGGUUGUCAAAAAGUUAUAUGAUAUAGGAUUCACACGCGGGUAUAAAUUACUACUAACGUACAAUCGGACACACAAGCGAGUGUAAGUGAGUCAACAGUUGAGUCCUCUAUGUUAUGAAAUUACAGCCUGUUGCGCUCGCAUCGGUGAAUUCAACGUCAAUUGCGCUGCUUUAGUGUGUCCCGUUCACAGCUCGCAGCAGAAGGAAAUUGUGUAGACACGUGCCACAGUCCUCGCUAGGCUACUAAAAUGUUGCAGGCUUCGGUUUUUAAAGCUUGACAAUGAAUAACCAAAAAACUAAACCUGCAACAAAACACCAUGCAAAUGAGAAACAUGUAAGCCUACUACAGCAACAGUUGAGCAGUAGCCUUGGCUGGCUACAACACAUUUUGAGUGCUUCUUAUUUUGUUUUAAUAUGUUAAUGCUAUAUAGAUUUAUUCCUCUUUUUCGACAGUGUGCGGGUCUCCAUCUCGUUCAUUAAAAUGCUAUAUACAGCAUGCUAUGUCCUAUGGACAUUAUAAAGGGCCAUAUUUUUUCAAAUAAAACAAUGGCCAGUUUGGCUAGCAGUUGUAUGCACGUUUUUUUUUGUAAAAAGAAAACAUAAUGGGCUAUGUCUGGCCCGCGAAUUCAUAGUUUUUUUCAAUAUGGCCCGUGACAUCAAUAAGGGAUCAUAGCUUUCACCUGGUCAACCUGUUGAAAGAGCAGGUGUUCCUAAUGUUUUGUACGCUCAGUGUAUAAUAAUAUACCCAUUUCAGCCUCAUAUGAAGAUUGCUAAAUAUUCACACCAAUGGUGAUUAGUCAAUAUCAGUGGCGCUAGCAGUCUGUUGAGCCCAGAUAGGAUGUUGAAGCAGUUUCUGUUGAAUUGAAAAAGCACUCCUUUCUGAAGAAGUAUGAGUGGUGAUGUAUAAGGGCCUCCGUAGGCGUGCUUGCUUUGAGUCAUUUCAUUAUUAGAAGUUGUUGGGUACAUGUGUCUUACACUGAAGUACUGAAUUACCUGGGCCAUUAUGCUUUUCUAUUAUUAGUAUUGAAAUCCAUUUAUAACUAUGAUUCAACUCAAUAAUACUAAUUGGCUCUCAUGCUGAUGUAUUACUUUCUAGUUUUUAUUAUGUGUGUGUGUGCACUUGCGCGUGAAUAGUUUUCUGUGUGUGCAUGCAUGUGUCUGUACGUGUGGAUACCACUAUCAGUAAACAAAUAGGGGAUUUAAAUGGUUUAUUUCUAAUUUGGUCUUCCUUUCUCUCCCUCUCAGGCUGGAUAGGGAGGUGGGAGGUCUGUUCCUACAGGCUCCUCCCUGUGUUGGCGUGAGGGCGGGGCUUGCUGGAGCGAGGGAUUCGGGCUACAACUCUUUGCAUAGAAGGAUGAGUGUGCUGGACAGGCUGGUGCAAACGCACGCUGUGUGGCUGCAGCUGGGACUGAGCCAUGCAGAAGCCACAUGCAAACUGCAACCACAGCCCACUGGGGUGAGACCAGAUGCACUCACCUAGUCACAGGACCCAAUUCAAUCAAUUACAGAUAGUCAAACUGCGGGUUCACUUUAUCUGAAUGUAAGGUGAAACGCCCUCCUCUGAUUGGCCAUUGUCAUUCCAUUUCUUUUUCAUUCUCAGAAGAACUGAUUGUGACACAGGAGUUGUGACACAGGAGUGGCUCAAGUCACAUGUGGCAAACACAAGGCCCAUAGGCCGAAUCCAGCCCAUGACACAUUUCAAUUCAUUUUGGCCCGCUUCCAUACCACCUGUAAUGCGCUGCACUACAAGUCACAGCAAGCACUGUCAACGUGCUGCACGCCAAAUGGCAGUCUCCCCUUUCCAUAGAGGGGUCAUAUUAGUUAGUAGGCCAAACCGUUCGGACACUACAGACGUUUCAUGAGAAGACCGAUUUUCAGGAUGUCUCCUGGUCUGACAAACAGCGCUGUAGCUCUGCCACUUUCCAACGCAGAUGCGGAAGGCCAACAUAGGCAGAUGCGGUGAAUUGCGAUACGGCCCAUGCAAGAAACAUCUCUAGCUUAAACUGACCGAUUUUUAUGGGGAUUUUUCUAUGUUCAUUAGAUUGACGGGUGGGUGUGUCAAUAGAGAUUAUAGUGGUAUUGUUUAGACGCAAGCCUCAGCCAGCACCCUUAAGAUACUAGACACUGUAUCACGGGGCGCUUAAAUUUAUAACAAAGGCAAGACCACUCACCCAUCACUGUGAUCUAUAGCAGGUGCUCCCACACUUUUUUACUCAGCUUACUUACACUUUUGCAACUUUCAGGAGUAAGUUGAACGCUGGACUGAGUUCCUUUAGGGACCCCCUGCGCCCCCCAUGCCGAACCCUCGCGUACCCCAGAACCACUGAGUGUACAAAACAUUUGGAACACCUGCUCUUUCCAUGACAUAGAUUAUCCAGACGAAAGCUAUGAUCCCUUAUUGAUGUCACUUGUUAAAUCCACUUCAAUCAGUGUAGAUGAAGGAAAGGAGACAGGUUAAAGAACAAUUUUUAAGCCUCAAUACAAUUGAUACAUGGAUUGUGUAUGUGAGCCAUUCAGAGGGUGAAUGGGCAAGACAACAUUUUUAAGUGCCUUUGAAUGGGGUAUGGUAGUAGGUUGCUAGGCGCACCGGUUUGAGUGUGUCAAGAACUGCAACGCUGCUGGGUUUUUCACGCUCAAACGUUUCCUGUGUGUAUCAAGAAUGGUCCACCCAAAGGACAUCCAGCCAACUUGACACAACUGUGGGAAGCAUUGGAGUCAACAUGGGCCAGCAUCACUGUGGAACGCUUUCCACACCUUGUAGAAUCCAGGACCCAACGAAUUGAGGUUGUUCUGAGGGGAAAAGGGGGUGCAACUAAAUAUUAGGAAGGUGUUCCUAAUGGUUUGUACACUCAGUAUAUAUGACAUGGUGAAGUGGCCCUCUCUUCCUAUGAGAAGGCUGAUGCACUGGUACAUCUUUGUGUACAAAGCAGUGCUUGGAGUAUUGCCUACUUAUCUGUGAUCCUCACUUACAAGGUCAUCACAAACAUACAAGGUCAUCACAAAUUUAGUCUCCGCUCUCAGCUGCUAGGAUCUUUCACGGUACCUAAGGGGCCAGGAUGGAAAUGGAAAAAAUAAAAUGUUCCUAUAAUGCUCCUUGGUCUUGGAACUAGCUGCAAAAUACGUUUUUAUUGAUGUCUGUGUUUCUCAAUGGGCUUUUUCCCCCUGGCUGCAGACGUUUCUGGUGAGAAAGUCGACUACCCUGCAGAGGAAGGUGAUCUCUCUGCGGAUGCACCAGGACUCUGAGACACCCGUCAAAAAUUUCCCUGUGACGGAGUGUCAAUACAGUAAGCACGGCCUGUUAAUUCCUAUCUAUUAUGGAUCUUUAUCAUCCAAAUGUAUCCCCAUAGACCUGUGUUACUAAAUGUAUUGGGUAAAGUGUUAUGAAAUAUAAUGUAAUGUAAUAUUUUAAAUUGUAUAUAACUGCCUUGAUGUUGCAGGACCCCAGGAAGAGUAGCUGGGAUCCUUAAUAAAUACAAAUACAAAUUCUAAUCUUCUCAAUUAUUAGCUUCUCAACACACAAAAAAAGAAUUUUUCCUCUGAUCAUUUGAAUGUUCUAUUUGAAUCUAUUAUAUCCCUUUUGCUCUAAUUUCCCCUUGGGUUUUUCCCCCCUUCUAAAUCAACACCAGUGUUGACGUGUUUCUGUCACAGUACAGUAUGUGGCGUUUCUCUACCUGGGCCUCAACAUUAUUCUCUCUCUACUCGUAAGGUCGAUGCAGAGAGCACUGGGAGUUUCCCCAAGCCUAUUUCCCAAUACUUACCUAGUGAACGUAGGUAUGUGUUAUGCAGUUUAGUCACACAAAGAUUCACUUCUUAAACCAGGCUUUAUAUAGCUGCCUCUCUUUUGAUGUUCUUGGGUUGAAUAGGACAAUCUGAUUUAAGCUAUUUGUUGGGUGUUGUCCCAGAAAAUGGCUGACCAGGUAUUUUGUAUGGUUUCUUUCUUAAUGUGAUGUAGCCUGGUACUUGUGAUGGCCUGUUGCAGCUUGCUCUCUGGUUCUCUGUAAACGGUUGUACUAGGUGUAGGCACACUCAGCCAUGCCAGCCUGCCAGGAAAACACUUACUUCUCUCCUGCAAAAAGCCUCACUGAGCUAGGCAGCUAACUGGGCAUUGUUUGGCUAUGGAACAAUCAUGUUGUUGGAGAGUGGUGACGUUGUCCAUAUGUACACUGAUUGGCUGGGCCUGGCUCCCCAGUUGGUGGGCCUGGCUGCCAAGGGGGUGGGCUUAAGCCCUCCAAGACCCACCCAUGGCUGCACCCCUGCCCAGUCAUGUGAAAUCCAUAGAUUAGGGCCGAAUGUAUUUAUUUCAAUUGACUGAUUUCCUUAUAUGAACUGUAACUCAUUAAAUUAUUUGAAAUUGUUCCAUGUUGCGUUUUUAUAUUUUUGUUCAGUAAAGAUGCUGAUCUUAAGUCCGUUUUUUCCACUAACUUGAGUACUGUUUGAUGCAGCAACAGUCAAGUAUCCAUGCUAGAAAUUUGCUAGAAAAAAUGUAGAGUACUGUAUAUAAAUGUGGACAUAAUGUUUUCACAUUGCACAGCAGACUUUGACAUCCUGUUGCUCUUCUCAAGCUCAGAGUUCGUCCAAGUUAAGCAUUAGUAAUGGAGCUCAGAGUGUGCAGAUGGGGACUGCUCUCGGCUCGCUGGCCUGCAGCUAGCUGAUAUGUCUGGAUUUAACCCACUUCCCCAAUUUCCCCUCUUAAAUGUGAAUCCACAUUAUCUUUCCCCCUCACUCACUCGGCCUCAUUCUUUCUCUUCAUCUUUGUAUCACUUCCUGCAUAACCCAAUCUCAAUUAAAAUGUAAAUUCUCUGUCUUCGUCCAUCCCUCUUUUCCAGAUCUGGGACAGGUUUAUGGGUUAUUAAAGACUUGUUGUAUACAGUUGCCUUUGUGUCUGGCUCUUCAUGCCUUGGCAAAUGAACCAGCAAGGCACCAGAUGUGUACUCCAUUGUCUUAGUAGAGUGACCUUAAACGUGUGAGCAACAGUUUUUCUGCAAAGUUGUCUCUCAGUAGACCAUAAUGGAAUGAAAAACAUUGGGAAACAGUGAUAAGUUAACUACUCGCGAUAAUGCUACUUGUGUGUGUAUGGUAUGUCACUGUAGUUCCCAAGUGAAAACAUCACUCCUUCUCUCAUCUAGGAUUGUUGCCCUGCUGUUGUUCUGAUUAUGGGAAUAGCCUAUGGAAAUGUCUCAUGGUUCCUUAAAUAUAAAUGUCUCCACAGCGUUCUCCUUGGAGGGAUCGGGCCUCAGCUUUGCAGACCUGUUCCGUCUUGUGGCUUUCUGCUGCAUCAGCAGGUAACACACACACACCAAAAAACUGUACCUUUCACAUCCCAGCUAUAAAUCACCUAUUCCUUUUGAAGACAAACACAUGGAGCCCAGAGGUUACUGAAAGAACCAUGAAUCAGUUAAAGUUCAGAGAAUGGCAUUUACUGGGCACCUCAUCAGUUAAUGUUAUAUGAGACUAUUGCACUGUUUUCUUCAAAAACGACCAAUGUCAGUCUAGUCUGCACUAUAACAAUUCCAUUGACUAGUGUUUAGCAAUUAACCAAAAUGUCGUUUUUUUUGUUGGGGUGGGGGGGGUAUUAAACAACUAAUUUACCGACAUCGGCUCAAUUAGUUCAAUUACAUUUAGUUCUGUUUUUUUGUGAGCCCAACACGCAGUUUUUCUAUAGAGAAAUCAAACAAUUCAUGAGAGAAUUUAAGUCGAACUAUGUGGGACGCUGAGUUGAAGGGAGCUGUAGUUUUCAUUUAAGCAAAUAUUUCAGCUAUUUCAGCGCAGAAACAUGUUAAUUAACUCAGUGGCGUGUAUUCAUGGAUGCCAAGGGAAGCCAGGCUUCCCAAAAAAAUUACCAAGAAAAAAACAUGCAUCUUUCGUCUCUCCGUGUUUCAUAAUUUUCCUUACAUUCGCAAGAGGCUGCAUGUACAGUGUCUCACCGGAGAAAGCAUCCGAGCGAGCGAAACAGUGCCCCUCUGUCUAUGUAUGUGUAGGCCAUCUAUCUGAUGCUGUCUGGUCCAAAAUAGAAUGACAUUGCUGUCGCCCAUAGCAUUGAAUGCAAGGGCAGCCAGCGAGCAUUUGGUCAAGCUCAACAGUGAAUGGUCCUGGUGCACCAAAAAAGUGUCAAGGGAAGCCAGUUUGGAUUUGUCGUCACUUCUAUCAAAUUACAUCGAGAUGUCAUUGACAGAAACAACUUGAAUUGUUGCAACCUGUUGUGUUGUUGUCCUCCAGUGGCAAGCUAGCUAGCUAAAAUUGGCCCUUUCCUAAAUUAGCCAUGGAUGGAGAUAGGGUUUUGGACUUGUCGUUUUACUUAAUUCUCCGUACUGGCCAAUGAUUAUAACAGUGAUUCUGAUACAACCAUUAAUUAAUACAUUGUGCCCAUGGCCUGAGAUGAUGGAAGUUCAAUAUGUAGCUAGAUGUAGAAGGCUAAUGUUAACUAGCUAACGUUGCCCAUGGAAGGAAGUUAGGCUAGCGAGCAAGCAUUUUAGCCAGGUAGCCUAAGACAAAAACUAUAUAGUGUGUACUGUAUGACAGAGUGAUAGACCAUUUCGUCAACAUGAAAGAGAGGAUGGCAUUGGCUUUUCUCUAAAAGUAGGGUGAGUCAACAUGUUUUUUCUAAUUGCACAAAUGCGCACGCACACAGAAAUCAGAAACAUGGACAGCCACAUCAUAUUUAGCUUAUGUUGAUUGGACUAAAUAGUUUUUGGUAUCUUUAAGUUGUCACUGUAUUAGACUAAGCAUAAGUGAUUUGAUGAUGUUGAAGCUGAAAUGGUGCUGGAAUAGUGGAGGCAGCUCCUGUUUUCUUUGCGACUUGCGGUAACUCUCCAUGGUUCUAAAGCAAUAGUUGUUUAGUGGUUCGAAAAUGUCGGAAAUAUCAACUUGAUUGUAACUGUUUGUUACAUGCUAUAUGCUUUGUGGACUUCACCGGACAGAGGUUGCGCUCCGGUUUUGUGAUUAAACAAAUGUGGUUGAAUUUAUUCUGCCACUGUCUUCUUAUUGUCUCGGGCCUUAGGCCUAUAUAUCAUGGCCGCAAGGCAUAUGAACUAACAGGUUAUAGCGCAAACAACGCAAUUAUCACAACACAUAGGUUGUAAUAUGACCUUUUUUUUCUGGCUUGGCUUCCCCAGUGAUUUUACCCACGCACCGCUACUGAAUUAACUACAAUGACCAUCAUCCAUUGCGCCUGUUCUUUUCUGGCUCGGACAGAGAUGGAUACACUUUUACGCAUACGCCGCCGCAUGUGAGAGGAAUGUAGACAACACGAGACAGUACGUGAAAGUAUGCCUUAUCUACUUUGAAAAAGUAGUACAAAUAUUGUAAUACAGCUCUCCAGCAUACUUAGGCAGGCUAGCCUAGGAUGACUAAAGACAGUACAGUACAGAGAGACAUUAGAUGGUUGUCUGGCUGGCCAACCUGGUCUCAGAGCAUUUCAUAUUAUUCUGUACGUAAAUCCGAGACACUCCAUUUAGUAUGAUAUGUUACUAAUUACAAUUCGUAUUAUAUGUUACAAAUUUGCAUAAUGUACAAUAUGUUACGAAUUAGCAAAACUUACGAUAUGUUACGAAUUUGCUAAACGUAUGAUAUGUUACAAAUUCUAGCUAGGUGGUUAAUGUUAGCUAGGAUAGGGGUUAAGGUUAAAUUUAGGAGUUAGGUUAGUGGCUUACGGUUAGGGGAAGGGUUAGCUAAAAGGGUUAGGGUUAGCUAAUAUGCUAAGUAGUUGCAAAGUAGCUAAAAAUUAGCAAGUAGUUGAAAAGUAGUGAAUUAGCUCAUGCUAAAGUUGUCCAUGAUGAGAUUCAAACUCACAACCUUUGGGUUGCUAGAUGCCCACCCACCCGCCCCAACCAACCACCCACCCUACUAUGUAACCAUCUGUCUUAUGUAACCAUACCAAACGUGACAUAUCAUACAAAUUUCAGUGUCCCGGAUUUACGUUUCCUAUGUUACAUCUAGUCAAUGAGACCAGGCUGGGCUGGCUGGCUGCUACUGCCUGAGCAGAGAUGAGAUUACUUUAAGGAAUGAAAAAUUAUAAAGUCAUCAAAUAAAACUAAGUAAUGUACAGAACUGAAAUAUUUUAUUAUUUCAUAGUAAUUUCCUAUUUUGCUAUGUGGACCUGAAAGAGACAAUGGAAUAUUUUCAAUGUUUUGGCAAUUGAUGUUCACUAUUUUUGGCUUUGGAAUUUCCAUUAAAAAGCUCUAAUCAUUUUAUUGUCAUUAUUUCAUAAUGCAUUUAAUGUGUAAAAAAAAAUCAUAGAAAUCGAAAACCAUAAUUAUUUUAACCGAACAGUCCUCAAAAAGCACUUAUCGCUCAGCACUACCAUUUUUUACGUUGGUUUGGUUUGUAUACAAGGGGUCACGAAAGGCCUUUUCUUUUGAAACUCGAGGCUAUUCAAGCUAUGCUAAUAAUCUUGGAUAAAACUUCGAGGUUGUGCUUGAUUGAAAACAUAUUCCUGUCUGGUGGUGGUGAAUGGCAACAUGACAAGGCCACAAAUCAACAUGGGGGAGACAAGCAGGAAUUGUCUAUGAGGAAGAAGACAGGCCUUGUACUGUCUGUAGCUUGUGUUUACAUAUGGAGACAGGAACAAAACCGCAAAAACAAAACACAAGGGGUCGAAGAUGAUCAUGAACUUCGAGUGUACAGUAUUUUGACUGACUUUGAGCCAAAUGUGUGCAUGGCUAUAAGAUCUCAAUUCUGUUGUGAAUAGCAGCCUGACUCUGCUCUCUGAACGAUGUUGGUUACAUUUGUUGCCAUGAUUAUGUUUGUCUUAGUCAAUUAGAGCUUAAGAAAUGUUCACAAACUUCAGACUUGUAAAAGUUAUUUGAGACACAGGAAGAAACAGGGUGGGGUGCUGAGCCUCUUGGCCUGUGCUUGACCCUACUAAGGCUCGCUCGCUCUCUCUCUAGCUCGCUCUUAUUUAUUUAUUUAUAGUACCAGUCAAAAGUUUGGACACACCUACUCACUCCAGGGUUUUUAUUUAUUUUUACUAUUUUCUACAUUGUAGAAUAAUAGUGAAGACAUCAACACUAUGAAAUAACACAAAUGGAAUCAUGUAGUAACCAAAAAAGUGUUAAACAAAUCAAAAUAUAUUUUAUAUUUGAGAUUCUUCAAAGUAGCCACCCUUUGCCUUGAUGACAGCUUUGCAUUCUCUCAACCAGCUUCAUGAGGUAGUCACCUGGAAUGCAUUUCAAUUAACAGGUGUGCCUUGUUUAAAGUUAAUUUGUGGAAUUUCUUUCCUCCUUAAUGCGUUUGAGCAAAUCAGUUGUGUUGUGACAAGGUAGGGGUGGUAUACAGAAGAUAGCCCUAUUUGGAAAAAGUCCAUGUUAUGGCAAGAACAGCUCAAAUAAGCAAAGAGAAACGACAGUCCAUCAUUACUUUAAGACAUGAAGGUUAGUCAAUCCCGAAAAUGUCAAGAACAUUGAAAGUUUCUUCAAGUGCAGUCGCAAAAACCUAGCGCUAUGAUGAAACUGGCUCUCAUGAGGACCGCCACAGGAAAGAAAGACCCAGAGUUACCUCUGCUGCAGGGGAUACGUUCAUUAGAGUUACCAGCCUCAGAAAUUGCAGCCCAAAUAAAUGCUUCACAGAGUUCGAGUCACAGACACAUCUCAACAUCAACUGUUCAGAGGAGACUGCGUGAAUCAGUCCUUCAUGGUCGAAUUGCUGCAAAGAAACCACUACUAAAGGACACCAAUAAUAAGAAGAGACUUGCUUGGGCCAAGAAACACGAGCAAUGGACAUUAGACCGGUGGAAAUCUAUCCUUUGGUCUGAUGAGUCCAAAUUUGAGAUUUUUGGUUCUAACCGCCGUGUCUUUGUGAGAUGCAGAGUAGGUGAACGGAUGAUCUCCACAUGUGUGGUUCCCACCGUGUAGCAUGGAGGAGGAGGUGUGAUGGUGUGGGGGUGCUUUGCUGGUGACACUGUAGGUGAUUUGUUUAGAAUUCAAGGCACACUUAACCAGCAUGGCUACCAUGCCAUCCCAUCUGAUUUGCGCUUAGUGGGACUAUCAUUUGUUUUUAAACAGGACAAUGACCCAACACACCUCCAGGCUGUGUAAGGGCUAUUUGACCAAGAAGGAGAGUGAUGGAGUGCUGCAUCAGAUGACCUGGCCUCCACAAUCACACGACCUCAACCCAAUUGAGAUGGUUUGGGAUGAGUUAGACCGCAGAGUGAAGAAAAAGCCGCCUACAAGUGCUCAGCAUAUGUGGGAACUCCUUCAAGACUGUUGGAAAAGCAUUCCAGGUGAAGCUGGUUGAGAGAAUGCCAAGAGUGUGCAAAGUUGUCAUCAAGGAUACUUUGAAGAAUCUAAAAUAUAAGUAACACUUUUUUGGUUACUACAUGAUUCCACAUGUUAUUUCAUUGUUUUGACGUCUUCACUAUUAUUCUACAAUGUAGAAAAUAGUAAAAAUAAAGAAAAACCCUUGAAUGAGUAGGUGUGUCCAAACUUCUUACUGGUACUGUAUAUAAAUACAUACAUACAUACAGUGCCUUCGGAAAGUAUUCAGACCCCUUGACUUUUUCCACAUUUUGUUACGUUAGUCUUAUUCAAAAAUUGAUUUAAAUUGUUUUAAUCAGACAAUACCCCAUAAUAACACAUUUUUGCUAAUGUAUACAAAAAUAAAAAAGGGAAUACGACAUUUACAUAAGUAUUCAGACCCUUUACUCAGUACUUUGUUUAAGCACCUUUGGCAGUGAUUAGAGCAUCGAUUAUUCUUGGGUAUGACGCUACAAGCAUGGCACACCUGUAUUUGGGGAGUUUCUCCCAUUCUUCUGUGCAGAUCCUCUCAAGCUCUGUCAGGUUGAAUGGGGAGCGUUAUUGCACAGCUAUUUUCAGGUCCCUCCAGAGAUGUUAGAUCGGGUUCAAGUCCAGGCUCUGGCUGGGCCACUCAAGGACCUUCAGAGACUUGUCCCGAAGCCACUCCUGCAUUGUCUUUGCUGUGUGCUUAGGGUCGUUGUCCUUUAGAAAGGUGAACCUUCGACCCAGUCUGAGAUCCUGAGCGCUCUGGAGCAGGUUUUCAUCAAGGAUCUCUCUGUACUUUGCUCCGUUCAUCUUUGCCUCGAUCCUGACUAGUCUCCCAGUCCCUGCCGCUGAAAAACAUCCCCACGGCAUGAUGCUGCUACCACCAUGCUUCACCGUAGAGAUGGUGGCCAGGUUUCCUCCAGACGUGACGCUUCGCAUUCAGGCCAAAGAGUUCAAUCUUGGUUUCAUCAGAGCAGAGAAUGUUGUUUCUCAUGGUCUGAGAGUCUUUAGAUGCCUUUUGGCAAACUCCAAGUGGGCUGUCAUGUGCCUUUUACUGAGGAGUUGCUUCCGUCUGGCCACUCUACCAUAAAGGCCUGAUUGGUGGAAUGCUGCAGAGAUGGUUGUACUUCUGGAAGUUCUCCCAUCUCCACAGAGGAACUCUAGAGCUCUGUCAGAGUGACCAUCAGGUUCUUGGUCACCUCCCUGACCAAGGCCCUUCUCCCCCGAUUGGCCAGCUCUAGGAAGAGUCUUGGUGGUUCCAAACUUCUUCCAUUUAAGAAUGAUGGAGGCCACUGUGUUCUUGGGGACCUUCAAUGCUGCAGAAAUGUUUUGGUACCCUUCCCCAGAUCUGUGCCUCGACACAAUCCUGUCUCGGAGCUCUACGGACAAUUCCUUCGACCUCAUGGCUUGGUUUCUGUUCUGACUUGGUUUGCACUGUUAACUGUGGGACUUUAUAUAGACAGGUGUGUGCCUUUCCAAAUCAUGUCCAAUCAAUUUGUAGAAACAUUUCAAGGAUGAUCAAUGGAAACAGGAUGCACCUGAGCUCAAUUGUGAGUCUCAUUUUGUUUACAUUUGCACAACUUUCUAAAAACCUUUCACUUUGUCAUUAUGGGGUAUUGUGUGUAGAUUGCUGAGGAUUUGUAUUUAUUUAAUCCAUUUUAGAAUAAGGCUGUAACAUAACAAAAUGUGAAAAAUGUAAAGGGGUCUGAAUAUUUUCUGAAGGCUCGCUCUGUCUGUCUGUCUGUCACUCACUCACUCACGACAAACACUAGUUAUGGAAGGGCUGUUUGGUCACCCUAAUGAAUUGACUCACAGCAGGGACAGGGAUUAAUUCCCUCUUUCUAUCUCUUUCUUUCUAUCUCUCUCAUUCAUCUCACAUAUUGACUCUUGUCUGCCUCUCUCUUAGGGAUGUCUUGCCAUUCACUCUAAAGCUUCCUGAAGCCAUCUCUGCAGCCAGGACGCCAACAGACUUGGAGGAGGUGGCCAAGCUAGGAGCAGGUGAGUGUCCACUAGACUGAUACUGUACAUUUGUAUCGAUAAUGCAUAUCUGAAGCAUGAAGAUUAAAAGUGUAACCUCACUCUGUAGCUGGAUGGUCAUUGACUACCUGCUAGUUGACUGUAGUCGCUUUAGAAAAGUUUUGUGAGUACCUUAGGUCUAAUCCCACAUGCGUUCUGUUUAAAACCAAGCAAAUGUUCUUCUUCUGGCUGUUCUUGUAAAUCACAUUUAACCACAUUUCUCCAAGUUAAAUUAGUAAAAGCCCAAAAUGACAUGGCUCCAUGAGUCACCCAUAGGAACAAUGCCUCUCUGAGGCCCAAAUCAGUGCUGCUUGGCUGGGCACAUGAUCAGGGGAGCACUGGAGCCCUGGAACCCUGAGUAGGCCUCACUGUGGUCUUAGACCUCUAACUCAGUCACUGUGCAAUGUGCUCUCUGUACCAAAGCUGUAAUUUCGCUCUGCAUCUGAAAGAGCCAAUGUAUAGGCCUAUACUAGCCUUGUUGACACACUGAUUUGAUAACAUACUUCCUUUGGUGUGGUUUCGAGUGAUCUUCACACACAACAGGCCCACUGUGUAGCUUUUCCCUCUGAUGAACAUGAGGAGACUGCAUUGAGACUUAAACAAUGCUUGGGUUUGUCUGUGUGUUGAGGUAGAUGCGCGUCAGUGAAGGUUCACAUGGAUUUGAAUGACGUUCAUAUAGGUGACCAUGCUCGAUGAGCCGUGUGUAGGUAGGCUAUGUCGCGUCACUAAAAUAUGGCUUUGGACAUAACAAAAGACACCAGUGCUGAGUUAUGACGUCUGGAUCGGUAACCGUACCUGUGACAUGGGUCUGAUUCAAUACAGUGGGGCUGUGUCAAUCUAUGCUUCAGAGAAAGUAUACUUUCUUUCAUUCUGUCUGUCUAUUCAGCCAUUUGUCUGGUUAACAGACCAGCAGAAGAUGAGUUUGAUUGAAAAAGAAGUGCACAGUAGCUGGACAUACUAGCAGAUGCUUGAUAAAUACGUUUUUCAAGCAGUGAACCAUUAGCAGACAUUUCUCUUUCUUUACCAAGAGGCUGAACUUUGGCAGUAUUUAUUCACUCUGUCAUCAGCUGCCUGUAUUUCAGGUUUCGCUCGCCUCAUAGUCCUCAGCUCACCCUAGAUUUUCCCAGCUGACAGUUUUAGACCAGAACAUUUCCUCAUUAGGCCACACCCUCCCAGUGCCUCAGGUGUGUUACCUGUGAGACAAGAUUAUCAAAUAAUGUAGCUAGCUAGCUAGUGUAACCAACUCGCUGUCAUCAACAACACCAGGCACAGUCUCCACGUUUGAACGUGUGUCUAGAGUUGGAUGUAAUCCAGAUCCUGGCCAUCUGAUUGUUUAACAACUUUACGGAAGCCCAUUUUCACUAGAGUAACUAUUUUCCGAUCAAUAUGUGCAUUGCAGAUUAAGCUACUGCCAAAGAUACACUGUGUUGUCUGGUGAAUUAGUUUCGCAUGGCCCGAUUUGCCGGUGUGUGGGUUUGCUCCUUUAAAACCAUUCCAUUGGUCUUCCUAAGGAGAGGUGCCUGCCUGCCCGGGGUACCUGGCCAUGCAAAGCGAACUUGCCCAGUCUUUUCCCAGAAAAUGUGGUGCCACCACGUGUUAAUAGGCAAAAGAGGGCAUGAAUUGUUGAUAUAAUUGUAAUCUAAAACAACCCCCACAUGACGUAUUCACUUGCCAAACUCCAUUUUGGAUGAGACUUUAUGACCAAAAUUAUCCUAUCCUAUUUACACAUUGUAGUCAAUUUUGACACCUAUAAUUAAUGUUUCUGACUCAUAUGGAUGCCACACAGGCCGUUUAAAACCAGAGGGAAGAGUGCCCCCUACUGGCCCUCCAAUACCACUUCCAGCAGUAUCUGGUCUCACAUCCAGGGAUUGACCAGCACCGACCCUGCUUAACUUCAGAGGCAAGCCAGCAGUGGGAUGCAGGGUGGUAUGCUGCUGCCACCACGUCUUCUCAGAACUUUUAUCAGAAAUAUCAAAGAUCAAAUACCACUGUGCUAUCGUUGACAACGAACAAAAAUGGACUGUAAAAGUAACUGAUUCAGAAAACGGAAGAGCUGCUUAAUGAAACAAUAACGACGAACAAAAAUUGACUGUAAAAGUAACUGAUUCAGAAAACUAAGAGCUGCUUAAUGAAAGAAUAACGAAAAACAGCAAAGAAAAAUAAGUCUGGAGGAGGAGUGGGGUAGGAAAAACCUUGACUGAGAGCUGGCGCGCGAGUGAGGGAGUGACUGGGGGAGGAGAGAAUGCUGUGUUGACAUUCAGCCCCUACGUACUCAUUUAGCAUGUGUGAGUCAUAACAUAGUCAGUGUGUGAGACAAGACAGCAAGGCUGGACAGAGGCAGCAGUGUGCUCUAAAGUUCUCACACUAGUAAAACUACGAUAAGCUCAAAUCGGAGCUGGUCUUUGUCUGCUGUAAAUUGAUGUGAGUACAGUAAGUCAAUGUUUCUCUGCUCUUACAUUGUGAUGUGACCGUUGGCUGUGUCUGGUACGGCUUUGUCUUUUAUUGUUCUAUAGAGUCUGUCUAGUACAGCUCUGUUGUAUGAGCACUUCAGUUGGACGUGUCUCAUAUAGCAGUAGGUUUAGUUCUGUCAUAGAGUAUCAUUGUUUUGGUAUAUGGCUUUGGUUGCUAAGUCGGUGUCUGUGUACAGUAGUGUCCAGCGAUGUUCUUCGUAAAUCCUUUAUGGUUAUAUCGUACUGAUUGGAACGUUUCUGUUUUGGCAUUAUGCCGGUAUGGUUGUAUUUAUUUGCAACAAUGCUCUUGUGAUGUAGCUAAUAGGCACUGGCAACGUGGUAUGAUAACAGUAGCUUAAUUGACUCGAUGGUGUUAUGUUGAUGUGUAUUGACAUUGUUGUGUCUACUUCUUCUCAGUAGCUGCAUCAGUGUUAAUAUCAGGCUAUUGUAGCCUCGAUUUAAAAGGGAUAGUUCAGGAUUUAUCUACUUCCCCAGAGUCAGAUUAACUCCUCGAUACCAUUCAAUUUGUAUGUAUCUGCUCCAGUGGACAUUUUAGCAUGUAAAUCUUGGUGGGGCAAACUCAAACAUAAAAAAAAAAAAAUGCAUGCCCACAACACAACACUAAACAAUUCAUUAAUUGCACUAUGACAGUGACAAACGGUGCACACAAACUGUUAGGACCAACAGCAGUCCCAACACCUUAACACUGCUACACCUGGCUAUCAGCAGAUCCUUGACUGGCAGCAAAACACUUUCAGCUGAUUUGGCUGACUUGCUUAAACAAAUGUGGUUUCUACUGACAAUUGAGAUGUACAAACUAUGGCAUAAGGGGACGACGAGCGGAUAAGAGGCAAUCUGUAAUUUCGAUUAAGACAUUAAUGAGCGAGCUAGGACGGACGUAGUCAAUAUAACUAUUUGUUCAGCACUUUUGAAAUGUACAGCGACAGAAUUCAGAACAUGGGCUGUUCUUACAGUAUUGUCCCUGUACACCAAGUCAGAACCAUAGGAUAAAUAAAGGGGGCAUAUAAACAGACAAUGAAAGCUCUUACAAUAUUCGAUUAUGCCAUUUCUCUAAAAUAGGUUAUAGGCUACAUGUUCACCACCAAGUCAGAACAGAAGGUGAAAUUAAGAAUGGGAAAGGGACCAAAUUAUUAGGGUGAGGCACAUUGGUUACUAACAUAGCUACAGUAUACAUAUCUCCCUGGCAUAUUACAUCAUUUAUACAGCAGCAUACAAUACAUUUAUGGACUCACCUUGUUGUGCGGCGGUCCUUUGUGGGCAAAUUUAGUCAUCAAACUUUGCCAUCAAAGUCUGGCAUUCUCUGGAUUUAUGGUGCUUUCAAGACAACUGGGAACUCUAAAAACAAAAAAACAAGGCCAAAUCAUGACGUCAGUGAUCUUCAGGUCGGAGCUCUAGAAAGAGGCCCGAGUUCCCGACUUGCAAUUCUGAGUUGGAUGACCGUUCAAAACUUAUUUUCCCAGUCAGAGCUCGUUUUUUUCCAGAGUUCCGAGUUUCCAGUUUUGAACGUGGCAGAAGUCAUGCUGGAUUGACAGCAUGGCCAAUGUUGAAUGUUUAUAAUUUUUUUGUUUGUUUUUGUACCCCUCUUUUUCUCCCCAAUUUUGUGAUAUCCAAUUGCGAUCUUGUCUCAUCGCUGCAACUCCCUAACGGGCUCGGGAGAGGCGAAGGUCGAGUCAUGCGUCCUCCGAAACAUGACCCGCCAAACCGCGCUCCAUAACACCCGCCCGCUUAACCCGGAAGCACUAAUGUGUCGGAGGAAACACCGUUCAACUGACGACCGAAGUCAGUCUGCAGGCGCCCGGCCCGCCACAAGGAGUCGCUAGAGCGCGAUGAGCCAAGUAAAGCCCCCCCCCUGCCUUACUCAAGAAAGCAAAAAAGAGACCAUGUUUGUAUGCGGCUUUAUUAACUCAAUGAUUUAUUUUUAUUUGUAUUGUUUGAAAACUGACGUGACCCAUAUUAAUACGAAAAUAACAUGAAAAACAUAUUUAUUUAGCUGAACAGGUGGGGCUCAAAUCAGGUGCCCUGAAUGACGGGUCGCCACUGAUCUGCUCCAAUAUGAGGGAAGUUACAGGUAGUUUCGCGAGCCAAUGCUAGCUGUUCCUGUAGACUUCCAGUCAUUGCGCUAAAGAAUGUUAGCAACUUCUGAAUGCAGAGACAUAAAAAUGGUAUCCACAAAUUCAUCUUAUACUGGGGAAGUACAGUACCAGUCAAAAGUUUGAACACACCUACUCAUUCCAGGGUUUUUCUUUAUUUGUACUGUUUCUCUACGUUGUAGAAUAAUAGUGAAGAUAUCAAAACUAUGAAAUAACACAUAUGGGAUCAUGUAGUAACCAAAGAAGUGUUAAACAAAUCAAAAUAUAUUUUAUAUUUGAGAUUCUUCAAAUAGCCACCCUUUGCCUUGAUGACAGCUUUGCACACUCUUGGCAUUCUCUCAACCAGCUUCAUGAGGUAGUCACCUGGAAUGCAUUUCGAUUAACAGGUGUGCCUUGUUAAUUUGUGGAAUUUAUUUCCUUAAUGCGUUUGAGCUAAUCCGUUGUGUUGUGACAAGGUAGGGGUGGUAUACAGAAGAUAGCCCUAUUUGGUAAAAGUCCAUAUUAUGGCAAGAACAGCUCAAACGACAGUCCAUCAUUACUUUAAGACGUGAAGGUCAGUCAAUCCGAAAAUUCAAGAACUUUGAAAGAAACCAUCAAGCGCUAUGAUGAAACUGGUUCUCAUGAGGACCACCACAGGAAAGGAAGACCCAGAGUUACCUCUGCUGCAGAGGAUAAGUUCAUUAGAGUUACCAGCCUCAGAAAUUGCAGCCCAAAUUAAUGCUUCACAGAGUUCAAGUAACAGACACAUCUCAACAUCAACUGUUCAGAGGAGACUGCGUGAAUCAGGCCUUCAUGGUCGAAUUGCUGCAAAGAAACCACUACUAAAGGAUACCAAUAAGAAGAGACUUGUUUGGGCCAAGAAACGCGAGCAAUGGACAUUAGACUGGUGGAAAUCUGUCCUUUGGUCUGAUGAGUCCAAAUUUGAGAUUUUUGGUUCCAACCGCUGUGUCUUUGUGAGACGCAGAGUAGGUGAACGGAUGAUCUCUGCAUGUGUGGUUCCCACAGUGAAGCAUGGAGGAGGAGGUGUGGGGGUGCUUUGCUGGUGACACUGUCAGUGAUAUAUUUAGAAUUCAAGGCACACUUAACCAGCACGGCUACCACAGCAUUCUGCAGCGAUACGCCAUCCCAUCUGGUUUGGGCUUAGUGGGACUAUCAUUUCUUUUUCAACAGGACAAUGACCCAAAACACACCUCCAGGGCUAUUUGACCAAGGAGAGCGAUGGAGUGCUGCAUCAGAUGACCUGGCCUCCACAAUCACCCGACCUCAACCCAAUUAACAUGGUUUGGGAUGAGUUGGACCGCAGAGUGAAGGAAAAGCAGCCAACAUAUGUGGGAACUCCUUCAAGACUGUUGGUAAAGCAUUCCAGGUGAAGCUGGUUGAGAGAAUGCCAAGAGUGUGCAAAGCUGUCAUCAAGGCAAAGGGUGGCUAUUUUGAAGAAUCUCAAAUAUAUUUUGAUUUGUUUAACACUUUUUUGGUUACUACAUGAUUCCAUAUGUGUUAUUUCAUAGUUUUGCUGUCUUCACUAUUUUUCUACAAUGUAGAAAAUAGUAAAAAUAAAGAAAAACCCUUGAAUGAGUAGGUGUGUCCAAACUUUUGACUGGUACUGUAUAUAAAGGGCCUCAUUGCCAAAAUCCUGAACUAUCCAUUUAAUGUAGAACAGUUACUUUGUGUUGAUAUUAUAUUACAGUAUCAUGUUACCCUGAUGUUUCGCUGUUGUGUAAUAUCAGGAUGACUCCGACAGCGUUUGACCAGUAAUGUUAUUGUGAGUUAGGUAAUGUUGCCGUAAUAUUGGCAUGAUGUUAAUGUAAAGUUAGUGUUAUGUUACAGUAAUGUUGCUGUUUUAGUGUCUGAUCCUCUCUCUCUCCUGCAGGAUUCUGUGACUCUGAACAUUGCCGUAGGAGGAGUUCUGUCUCCUGGUUGUCCAGGACAACCACCCACGACCAAUCACCUAGCCUGAGGCAGAGAUCUGUUUCCACACCCCUGGUCACCCGCACCCCGUCCCAGCUGGAGUGUUCCCAGUCCAAUAGGGCUCUCUGCUUCAUCAACCCCCUUUUCCUAAAGGUUCACCACCCAGAGGGGGGCAACCACACCCCUCCCUCCUCCACCAGCCACAACAACAACCCCCAGCACCUAAACAACAACAGUACAACUACAGCUACAACUGUACACGUACAACAACAGCACUGUACCAGCAACCCAGAGCAACUUAACGACAGCCCUCAACCCCAUAGCGACAGCCCUCAGAGUGAUAGCCCUGGCAACAGCCCCCAGCAUCAUAACAGCUGUGUAAGUGUGAGCGUGAGCCUGGCUAACAGAGUUUCCCGCCCGCCACCUCCUCGCCCCCCACCUCCCUGCUGUGCCCCCCUUCGCCCUGCCUCCCCUCAACGGCCAGCACAGCAUGCCUGAGAAGAUAUCCUGGAUCAACCCGCCCAAAGAGCCGGAGAGGGUGGGAGAGAGGGAGAAAGGAGGAGAGGGAGAAAGGAGGAGAGAGGGAGAAGGGCAGUAGACUUCUCUCCCGCCUGGGCUCCUCUCUCAGCAUCAGCCCUUCCUCUCCUUUCCUCUCCUCCUCUUCCUCUUUCCUCUCAUCCACCCCUCCCAAGAAGCUCAGCAUCAGUGCCCCCAUCUCCAUCCCCCUGUCCCUCCCCUCCCCAAGUGACGUCGACUGCCAUCUUGCUCUCGAUGACCAGACUAUUGAGAAUGCCAUAUCUCUCAGUCUGGCUAAGCUGUCACUGAGAAACACCACCACCCCCGAUGACAACACAGAGGGAAACAGUCCGUCCACUCAAGACCAAGCCCGCACCCGCCGAGAGGAAGGAGGAGGAAGUGGAAGAGGCGGAAGAGAAGGGGACUGCGUCCAGCGCCUGAGCGACAUGAGCCUUUCCACCGACUCCUCCACUGACUCAGUAGACUUGUCCCAGGGCUUCUUCCCCCCACUCCCUGAACCCAGCCCACCCACCACCAAUAACCUGGUGCUGCCCCUCCUCACCCACCCCUACAGCAGCAUGGAGGAAGACGAUGAUGACGAAGACGAAGCGGACUUCGGCGUGAGCCUGGAGAACGACCAAGACCAGGACCUGACCCUCACCCCUCCCGGGCUGCGCACCAAACGGCGAGCCAGUGCCGGGGCCAUGGUCAUCCAGCGGGCCCUCAGGGGCCACCUCCGUAAGAUGAGUGGAAUGUUCAACUCCCUCCUAACCCCUGAGAAACGGGCCAUACAGAGAGUCCUGGAGCUGUCCAGGGAUAAGGGCUCAUACUUUGGCUGCCUAGUGCAGGACUACCUGAGCUUCCUGCAGGAGGGAGGGGGCAGCCAGGCCUGGCAGUGCCACACUUCAGGGCUGGAGCUGCUGCAGACGCUACGCCAGUUUAUCACCCAGAUGAAGAGCUACCUGCGGCAGAGCUCUGAGCUGGAGCCCCCCAUCGAGUCACUCAUCCCAGAGGACCAAAUCGGUGAGUGGGGAGGGGUGUGUGCAAAUAUGUGUUUUUUAUGUUGUCAAAUAGUAGCAGAAAUGUUGUAUAUCAGACCAAUUAAUGUUGAUUACUGUUGCUAGUUGCUAAUUUGCUAGACGUCACAGUAAAAAUGUACGUUGAACUUCGAAGUUGUUCCAUUGUCAUCUUUGAAAUGGUUAAUUAGUUGACAUUGCCACAACCAAACAGCUAAUGAAAAUAUUAAACUAUCAGAUAUGAAAAUAUACAAACUGGACAAGACUGUGUAUGCCUAUAGACAGGGCGAGAGCAGCUCAGUAUGCAAGUCUGUACGCAUGUGUGUGUGAGCUGGCCAUUGUGGUCAGGAUGAUAUAUUUUUGUACCUUGAUUUUGACAGGGAAGUCCUGUAUCAAAUCUACACCAAUAUAUACACGAAAAGCAAAACAUAAUCAUAGAAAACAAACACAUUCUUCACUAAAAAGGUCCUCAGACUUUUGAAUUGCCGUAGAGGCACCAAUUCAUCCAAUUUUAGAGAGCCUUGGAGAUUAUUCCACAAGUAAGGUGCAAAAACACUAAAAGCAGAUUUAUGUAACUCCGUGGAGAUGGAAGGGAUCUCCAGAGUUAGCCAUCCCCGAUACCGGGUCUGGUAUCUCAUACAUCUCUGUAAGCAACAAUGAAGUAAGGUACGGCGAAAGUUCAUGCAGAAGGGCUUUAUAAACAAGAAGAGUGCAAUGCAUCGAUCUACGAGACUUCAAAGAGGGCCAGCCUACUUUUUGAUACAGAAUGCAGUGAUGUGUACUGAACCAAUUUACAGUUCUUUGUAACACUGGCAUGUCAAACACCUGCCUAGGGGAGGGGCUUAAAAAUAGGCCAAGGUAUUCAUGUGUGGGCAUUAUUGGGGUUGGAAACUGGCUCAAAUUGUAAACAGUGAAAACAAAGCCUUUUUCGGCUAGAGGAUAAUUCUGUGAACUAGCUAACAUGAACUAACCUGUUCCCACUGGUCCUUUGGAAAGCGUUGGCAGGGGAAGAAGACAGAAUAUUGUGAAGCAGUAACACACAUGGGAGGCAUCUUUGAUCCAUGCACAACCAUUCUCCUGUUUGCCAGGAACAAUCAUCAGAGCGAUGUCACUCUUUAAGACAAAGACAGUAAAUCAUUCUGGUUUCUUAAAUAUUCUUGAUUGACAACUAAUCUAAGAAUUUCAUAGGCUACAUCACAAUUACUUUUUCUGCAGUGUUUGAUAUCGGAGUUGUUUCGCAAUGUAUUUGUAGCAGCAGAAAGUGUUUUCAGUUUAGCUGAAUGAAUUCUCUCUCCAGAUGUGCUUCAGUGGCUGUUUGCCAUGUAGGCACCCUCUCCCAUGUGACCAUUACUUCUCUUCGCUCUCCUCUUUCUAUCCCUCUCUCCAUCUCUCCCACUCCUCCAAUCACAGAUAAAACCUUUAUUGCGAGCCCCUAAAUCUCUCUCCCUCUUUUUCUCUCCCUCUCUUACUGUGUUGACAACACUCGCAUAUGUCUCUGGGUGUGUGAGGAAAGAGCAUGGAGAGAGGAGAAUGGGGACCCUUGUCUCUUUAACCAACAUAGCAGUUUUUUUCCUUCUAUUGCCUUCAUUUCUAUGCUCAGUGCCAAGUUGAGCAAUAUAAUGUUUUGAAGCUCUGUUUGUGAGGAGUUUGCGGAAGGGAGACGUUAUUGCCCAAUUCCAAAUGGAAUGUUUGCGCUGUGUGUGUUUGCUGCUCUUUGACGCACAUUGAGGCUAUAUGUCACUGUGGUGGCACGAUCAGUGUGGGAUGUGUGAAUGGAUUCACUUCUCCUCUCCAGCUCUGUCUGCCUGUUUGUCUACUUGCCUGUACAUAACAGUACAUAACUCAGGUCCACGUGGAAGCUCUGCAGGGAGGAUGUUUUGAGUGAGAUUAGGGGCGAGGGAGGAUGUUUUUGUGGGAGGAUGUUUAUUGGAAGUGGAAGGGCCCUCUUAGAUAGUACAAACUGCAUGUUUGCAUAAGUUUGUGUGGUUGGAAAGUAGCCCCCCCAUAAAUAAGUGUGUGACCUUGGCUGGUGAUAACUCAUUCCUAAGUGGGCUUGCGCCUCUGUGUCUCUAUCUGUCCUCUCUGUCACACCAUACCACACCACUCAUCACUUACUUACUGUAGGUGUAACCGGUGUGAAAUGGCUAGCUAUUUAGCAGUGCGCGCUAGUAGCGUUUCAAUUGGUGACGUCACUCGCUCUGAGACCUUGAAGUAGUUGUUUCCCUCUCCUUGCCCCAACCUGGGCUUUUGUGGAGCAAUAGUUCAUUAUGCUUCGAGGGUGACUAUUGUCGAUGUGUGCAGAGGGUCCCUGGUUCAAGCCCAGGUUGGGGCAAGGAGAGGGACAGAAGCAAUACUGUUUACAUAGGGUCAACACACAUUGACCUCCCAACUUCUCUAAAGACUAGUGAUGGGGGAAAAAUCUAUACAGUUACAUAUCGGGAUAUAACUUUCUGACAAUAUAUCGUAUAGUUUUGACAAUAUUGCAAUAUUAUUUUAAAGCUAGUUGGCUGUACCAGAACUCCAGUAUUUUUCCUUCAUACCUUGUUCUCCAUCUUCUUUUUAAAUAGGGAGCCGAUUCAUUUUCAGCACUUUUUUCCCCAUGACCGAUCAAAACUCGUUUUCUCAUGGCUCUCUCUUGUCCCUGCAGCAGACAUAUGGUGAGCAAUAUGUUUGGAACAUCGAAAUCACAGUAUCGAAUCGCAAUACAUAUGGUAUCGGCACCUAAGUAUUGUGAUUGUAUCGUGAUAAUAUUGUAUUGUGAUGUCCCUGGCAAUUCCCAGCACUACUAAAGCAUUUACACAUCUAGCAUGUGCUAUAGCCUAUAAGCCAUACAGUGAGGGGAAAAAAGUAUUUGAUCCCCUGCUGAUUUUGUACGUUUGCCCACUGACAAAGACAUGAUCAGUCUAUAAUUUUUAUGGUAGGUUUAUUUGAACAGUGAGAGACAGAAUAACAACAAAAAAAUCCAGAAAAACGCAUGUCAAAAAUGUUAUAAAUUGAUUGCAUUUUAAUGAGGGAAAUAAGUAUUUGACCCCUCUGCAACAUUUUACAUUUACAUUUUAGUAGACGCUCUUAUCCAGAGCGACUGUAUGCGAGUGCAUACAUUUUUAUUUUAUUUUUUUCAUACUGGCCCCCCAUGGGAAUCGAACCCACAACCCUGGCAUUGCAAACACCAUGCUCUACCAACUGAGCUACAUCCCUGCCGGCCAUUCCCUCCCCUACCCUGGACCAAUUGUGCGCCGCCCCAUGGGUCUCCCGGUCGCGGCCGGCUACGACAGAGCCUGGAUUCGAACCAGGAUCUCUAGUGGCACAGCUAGCACUGCGAUGCAGUGCCUUAGACCACUGCGCCACAUGACUUAGUACUUUGUGAUUGCCAACAAGGGUUUUGCCACCGAGGUCAGACGUUUCUUGUAGUUGGCCACCAGGUUUGCACACAUCUCAGGAGGGAUUUUGUCACACUCCUCUUUGCAGAUCUUCUCCAAGUCAUUAAGGUUUUGAGCCUGACGUUUGGCAACUCGAACCUUCAGCUCCCUCCACAGAUUUUUAACGGGAUUAAGGUCUGGAGACUGGCUAGGCCACUCCAGGACCUUAAUGUGCUUCUUCUUGAGCCACUCCUUUGUUGCCUUGGCCGUCUGUUUUGGGUCAUUGUCAUGCUGGAAUACCCAUCCACGACCCAUUUUCAAUGACCUGGCUGAGGGAAGGAGGUUCUCACCUAAGAUUUGACGGUACAUGGCCCCGUCCAUCGUCCCUUUGAUGCGGUGAAGUUGUCCUGUCCCCUUAGCAGAAAAACACCCCCAAAGCAUAAUGUUUCCACCUCCAUGUUUGACGGUGGGGAUGGUGUUCUUGGCGUCAUAGGCAGCAUUCCUCCUCCUCCAAACACGGCGAGUUGAGUUGAUGCCAAAGAGCUCGAUUUUGGUCUCAUCUGACCACAACACUUUCACCCAGUUCUCCUCUGAAUCAUUCAGAUGUUCAUUGGCAAACUUCAGACGGGCCUGUAUAUGUGCUUUCUUGAGCAGGGGGACCUUGUGGGCGCUGCAAGAUUUCAGUCCAAUUGUUUUCUUGGUGACUAUAAUAAUAAUAAUAUAAUAUGCCAUUUAGCAGACGCUUUUAUCCAAAGCGACUUACAGUCAUGCGUGCAUACAUUUUUUUUUUUGUGUAAGGGUGGUCCCGGGGAUCGAACCCACUACCUUGGCGUUACAAGCGCUGUGCUCUACCAGCUGAGCUACAGAGGACCACUAUGGUCCCAGCUAACUUGAGAUCAUUGACAAGAUCCUCCUGUGUAGUUCUGGGAUGAUUCCUCACCAUUCUCAUGAUCAUUGCAACUCCACGAGGUGAGAUCUUGCAUGGAGCCCCAGGCCGAGGGAGAUUGACAGUUAUUUUGUGUUUCUUCCAUUUGCGAAUAAUCGCACCAACUGUUGUCACCUUCUCACCAAGCUGCUUGGCGAUGGUCUUGUAGCCCAUUCCAGCCUUGUGUAGGUCUACAAUCUUGUCCCUGACAUCCUUGGAGAGCUCUUUGGUCUUGGCCAUGGUGGAGAGUUUGGAAUCUGAUUGAUUGAUUGCUUCUGUGGACAGGUGUCUUUUUAUACAGGUAACAAACUGAGAUUAGGAGCACUCCCUUUAAGAGUGUGCUCCUAAUCUCAGCUUGUUACCUGUAUAAAAGACACCUGGGAGCCAGAAAUCUUUCUGAUUGAGAGGGGGUCAAAUCCUUCUUUCCCUCAUUAAAAUGCAAAUCAAUUUAUAACAUUUUUGACAUGCGUGUUUCUGGAUUUUCUUGUUGUUAUUCUGUCUCUCACUGUUCAAAUAAAACGACCAUUAAAAUUAUAGACUGAUCAUUUCUUUGUCAGUGGGCAAACGUACAAAAUCAGAAGGGGAUCAAAUACUUUUUUCCCUCACUUAGGCCGGUUUAACAACUGCAUUAGUAGGCCUACAAUACAGGAUUACAUGCUAACACUCCAUGGUUACAUGUUAUUACAUUCCACAGUCCUAAUGACAAGAGUUAUGAGCAGUACCAGUAUGUAAGGAAGUACGGUAGCUGGAGGCUACCGUACUUUCCAGCGGAAAUGGAAAAACAAGGCCACGGGGGAUUAGGUUUGCGUGCGUGCGUGUGUACAUAUGUGCUCCCGCUGGGAAACACAUGCGCUGAGCCCUACUGCAGGCCUGAGGUCUUGAAAUGCUGGCACUGCAUUCCAGGGCUUUUAACCACUUUAACAGAACUAUAUGGUACCAGGCUUGCUCUACCUCUGUCCCUUCCCUGUCUUUUCCGUGCAGAGACGGAGAGAGGCUGACUUCAUAAAAGAUGACAGGGUGCUAUCCAAGUUGAUGUGUGUGCUUUGAAAUCUGAUUGAUUGCCAGUGAAGUGUCACAAGUCUGGUUUAACCAGUUGGUUAGUUAUACUGCUUACUGGAAAAUAAUUUUGAUAAUGAUACAGUGAUGUAACACCUACAAGGAAAUGUGUUGCUUAUCUUGACUUACGGAACAAGGAAGAAAGACUUGUUGAUACGCACAUUCUGAGACUGAGUCGUAACUUGGGACUAGAGACUCACCCCUGACAAAAUCUGCCACAGGGGAAAGGAAAGAAAGAAAAGUGGGUGUUGAAAAUUCAGUGUUGGAGGAAGCUGUGGCUCAGUCUGCAGAUCUUCUGUAUAAUCCUGCUGAGUUUGCCCCAUUCAACUGCACAGUCAGUACUAUCUCUCUCUGUGGGGCUUAUUCAGCUCUAUGGCUUGGACUCCCUCUCUGCAUUAAUCCUGUGUGUAUUAUGAUACCAUGGCUCCUAUUAGCCAGUCUCUUUGUGUAAACUUGUAAAAGCUGAGGUCUACAUAAUGUCUUGAUGACAUGAUAUGGAUUGAAUCCCACUCCUACUGCUACCAGUAAUCUAGUAAGACUUCAGCAAUUCAUUCAUCAUACAGAUGGAUGGUGCCUUUUCAGUAUUUGCUGUUAAAAUAAUAGUAUCUUUCUCCCGCUCUCCCCCAUACAGACUAUGUCCUAGAGAAGGCCAUGCAUAAGAUAGUCCUGAAGCCCCUGAAAGGUGUGGUGGGGGCGGCCCUCCAGGAGUUCCAGGUCCGCAGCGGGGUGUGGCAGGAGCUCAAGGAGAACCUCUCAUUGGCCAAGGCCCGGCAGCCCCAGGAAAUGGGCGUGGCCAUCGCCUUCCCUCCAGAUCCAGUUGCCAUAGAGAAAAUCCGGCACAAGUUCCACACCAUGUGUAAACUCUAUUCACCUGAGAGGAAGGUGACCAUGCUGCUGCGCGUGUGUAAACUCAUCUAUACCAUCAUGGAGGACAAAUCAGGUACAUAGUAACACACGUACAGUGCCUUCGGAAAGUAUUCAGACCCCUUGACUUUUUCCACAUUUUGUUAAGUUACAGCCUUAUUCUAAAAUUAAUUACAUUGUUUUUUUCUACACACAAUACCCAUAAUGACAAAGCAAAAACAGGAUUUUAGAAAUGUUUGCUAAUGUAUAUACAGUACCAGUCAAAGGUUUGGACACACCUACUCAUUGUAGAAUAAUAGUGAAGAUAUCAAAACUAUGAAAUAACACACAUGGAAUCAUGUAGUAACCAAAAAAGUGUUAAAAAAUCAAAAUAUAUUUUAUAUUUGAGAUUCUUCAAAGUAGCCACCCUUUGCCUUGAUGACAGCUUUGCACACUGUUGGCAUUCUCUCAACCAGCUUCAUGAGGUAGUCACCUGGAAUGCAUUUCAAUUAACAGCUGUGCCUUGUUAAAAGUUAAUAUGUGGAAUUUCUUUCCAUAAUGCGUUUGAGCCAAUCAGUUGUGUUGUGACAAGGUAGGGGUGGUAUAUAUAUUUGGUAAAAUACCAAGUCCAUAUUAUGGCAAGAACAGCUCAAAUAAGCAAAGAGAAAUUACAGUCCAUCAUUACUUUAAGACAUGGUCAGUCAAUCUGGAAAAUUUCAAGAACUUUGAAAGUUUCUUCAAAUGCAGUCGCAAAAAACAUCAAGCGCUAUGAUGAAACCGGAUCUCAUGAGGACCGCCACAGGAAAGGAAGACCCAGAGUUACCUCUGCUGCAGAGGAUAAGUUCAUUAGAGUUAACUGCACCUCAGAUUGCAGCCCAAAUAAAUGCUUCACAGAGUUCAAGUAACAGACACAUCUCAACAUCAACUGUUCAGAGGACUGUGUGAAUCAGGCCUUCAUAGUCGAAUUGCUGCAAAGAAACCACUAAUAAAGCACACCAAUAAUAAUAAGAAGAGACUUGCUUAGGCCAAGAAACACGAGCAAUGGACAUUAGACCGGUGGAAAUCUGUCCUUUUGGUCUGAUGAGUCCAAAUUGGAGAUGUUUGGUUCCAACCACCGUGUCUUUGUGAGACGCAGAGUAGGUGAAUGGAUGAUCUCCACAUGUGUGGUUCCCACCUUGAAGCAUGGAGGAGGAGGUGUGAUGGUGUGGGGGUGCUUUGCUGGUGACACUGUCGUGAUUUGUUUAGAAUUCAAGGCACACUUAAAUAGCAUGUCUACCACAGCAUUCUGCAGCGAUACGCCAUCCCAUCUGGUUUGCGCUUAGUGGGACUAUCAUUUGCUUUUCAACAGGACAAUGACCAAAACACACCUCCAAGCUGUGUAAGGGCUAUUUGACCAAGGAGAGUGAUGGAGUGCUGCAUCAGAUGACUUGGCCUCCACAAUCACCCGACCUCAACCCAACUGAGAUGGUUUGGGAUGAGUUGGACGACAGAGUGUAGGAAAAGCUUUCAACAAGUGCUCAGCAUAUGUGGGAACUCCUUCAAGACUGUUGGAAAAGCAUUCCUCAUGAAGCUGGUUGAGAGAAUGCCAAGAGUGUGCAAAGCUGUCAUUAAGGCAAAGUGUGGCUAUUUGAAGAAUCUCAAAUAUAACAUAUAUUUUGAUUUGUUUAACACUUAUUUGGUUACUACAUGAUUCCAUAUGUGUUAUUUCAUAGUUUUGAUGUCUUCACUAUUAUUCUACAAUGUAAAAAAUAGUUAAAAUAAAGAAAAACCCUUUUAAUGACUAGGUGUGUCCAAAACAUUUGACUGGUACUCUAUAUAUACAGUUGAAGUCGGAAGUUUACAUACACCUUAGACAAAUACAUUUAAACUCAGUUUUUCACAAUUCCUGACAUUUAAUCUUAGUAAACAUUGCCUGUCUUAGGUCAGUUAGGAUCACCACUUUAUUUUAAGAAUGUGAAAUGUCAGAAUAAUAGUAGAGAGAAUUAUUUAUUUCAGCUUUUAUUUAUUUCAUAACAUUCCCAGUGGGUCAGAAGUUUACAUACACUCAAUUAGAUUUUGGUAGCAUUGCCUUUAAAUUGUUUAACUUGGGUGAAAUGUUUCGGGUAGCCUUUCACAAGCUUGUAGGCCUCCUUGCUCGCACACGCUUUUUCAGUUCUGCCCACAAAUGUUCUAUAGGAUUGAGGUCAGGGCUUUGUGAUGGCCACUCCAAUACCUUCACUUUGUUGUCCUUAAGCCAUUUUGCCACAACUUUGGAAGAAUGCUUGGGGUCAUUGUCCAUUUGGAAGACCCAUUUGCGACCAAGCUUUAACUUCCUGACUGAUGUCUUGUGAUGUUGCUUCAAUAUAUCCACAUAAUUUUCCUUCCUCAUGAUGCCAUCUAUUUUGUGAAGUGCACCAGUCCCUCCUGCAGCAAAACAUCCCCACAGCAUGAUGCUGCCACCCCCAUGCUUCACAGUUGGGAUGGUGUUCUUCGGCUUGCAAGCCUUACCCUUUUUCCUCCAAACAUAACAAUGUUUGCACUUUUCGCACCAAAGACGUUCAUCUCUAGGAGACAGAACGCGUCUCCUUCCUGAGCGGUAUGAUGGCUACGUGGUCCCAUGGUGUUUAUACUUGCGUACUAUUGUUUGUACAGAUGAACGUGGUACCUUCAGGCGUUUGGAAAUUGCUCCCAAUGAUGAACUAGACUUGUGGAGGUCUACAAUAUUUUUUUCUGAUGUCUUGGCUGAUUUAUUUUGAUUUUCCCAUGAUGUCAAGCAAAGAGGCACUGAGUUUGAAGGUAGGCCUUGAAAUACAUCCACAGGUACUACCUGACAAUUGACUCAAAAUAUGUAAAUUAGCCUAUCAGAAGCUUCUAAAGCCAUGACAUCAUUUUCUGGAAUGUUCCAAGCUGUUUAAAGGCACAGUUAACCUAGUGUAUGUAAACUUCUGACCCACUGGAAUUGUGAUACAGUGAAAUAAUCUGUCUGUAAACAAUUGCUGGAAAAAUUACUUGUGUCAUGCACAAAGUAGAUGUCCUAACCGACUUGCCAAAACUUUUAAUGACUCAAACCUAAGUAUAUGUAAACUUCCGACUUCAACUGUAUAUGUGUGUGAUGGGAUGUAUAGACAUUUUGGACAUAAUGUGGAUAGAAUGUUUAGCAUAUCUGUAGAAUACAUAGGAUAGAAUAGUAUAUAUACAGCAAUUGUUGAAUAGAAUGGCAUUGACUAGAAUACGGUAUGAUGGUAUGAAAUGAGUAAAACAGUAUGUAAACAUUAUUAAAGUGACCAGUGUUCCAUGUCUAUGUACAUAAAGUAGCAUCCUCUGUGCAGGGUUGAGUUAUCGGGUGGUAGCCGGCAAGUGACAGUGACUAAGUUCAGGGCAGGGAACUGGGUGGAGGCCGGCUAGUGAUGGCUAUUUAAUAGUCUGAUGGCCUUGAGAUAGAAGUUGUUUUUCUUUCUCUCGGUCCCAGCUUUGAUGCACCUGUACUGACCUCGCCUUCUGGAUGAUAGCUAAUAUCAAUGCUGUGUGUGUGUCUCAGGUCAUCUGUAUGGGGCAGAUGACUUCCUGCCCAUGUUGACCUAUGUGUUGGCCCAGUGUGACAUGCCUCAACUAGACAACGAGAUCCUCUACAUGAUGGAGCUGCUGGACCCCUCUCUGCUCCAUGGAGAAGGUACAGCACACCCCUAUCUGCUUUACAUGUAUUUCCUUCCUUCCUUCCUAACUAGGGGAUGUAGCUCAGUUGGUAGAGCAUGGCGUUUGCAACGCCAGGGUUGUGGGUUCGAUAAAAUAAUGUAUGCACUAACUGUAAGUCGCUCUGGAUAAGAGCGUCUGCUAAAUGACUAAAUGACUAAUGACUAAACUUUCCCUUCAACCAUUUUAUUGUCAAUCGUAAUGUUCAAAUAAACUAAACUAAAUCUUGAUUGUCAGUGUUAUUGACCGCUGUUGUAGCAGUGUCAUGCUGCAGAGAUGUUUGACCCUCCUCUCUCUCUCUCCUGUCUUGUUCCAGGUGGGUACUACCUGACCAGUGCAUACGGAGCCAUGUCCCUCAUCAGGAACUUCCAAGAGGAGCAAGCAGCUUGUGUACUCAGUUCUGAAACACACAACACACUCCACCAGUGGCACCGUCGCCGCACCACGCAGCGCACUGUGCCCUCCGUCGAUGACUUCCAGGUAACACACACACACACACACACACACACACACACACACACUGGAUGCAUAACUAAGUCCCUGAAUAAAUGCAUCUGCUAAACAACAGUAUCUUUUUAAUUUUCCUCAGAACUACCUGCGAGUAGCGCUCCAGAAGCUGGACAGCGGCUGCACGGCCAAAACCCUGCAGGUGCAGCCCUAUGCCACCACUGAGGAAAUCUGCCAGAUCUGCGCCUGCAAGUUUAAAGUUCCCGACCCUGAGAAUUACACCCUAAUCCUGCUCACUGAGGGCUCAUGCCAGCAACUAGCCCCCGACACACACCCCCAGAAGAUCAAAGCUGAGCUCCACAGUCGACCCCAGGCCACACCUUUUCACUUCGUCUUCUGUCGUGUGGCUAACCUCAAUGACCUGCCCGUGACCUCGUUUGAUCCCCAGUCCAACUUCACACUUACCACAGAAUCUGAGCCCAACUUUAAUGGUGUGGCCUUGACCCCUUCUGACCCCCAGCCCAAUCUCAACCUGGGUCCCAGUCUCAGCCUCAGUCUACCCCCCAACCAGCACAAUGGCAACUCUAUAUCUAUCUGAGACUACAGGGCUGGAGAGUUGAAACCCCCCAUCUGGACAACCGUCAUUCUUACUGUACCCCAACAAAACUUGGCGAACUGUGUUUAACUGGACUGAACUGGGCCUAACUGGGUUAAGCUGAGUCAUGCUGAGCUCAGCCAAAAAAAACUUCCCCUUUUGGUGAUUCUUCUUUCUUGCAGGGAAUCCUCUAAGUGUAAAGCUUUGUCUGAGUACAGGAGGAAAGGAGAGAAAGAGGGAAGGAAAUGUGACAGAUGGGGUUAUUUUGCAGCUCUAUUUGUAAACUUUUGGGACAUGGCACACGAGGAGCACACGUGAGGGCAAACGCAACUCGAAAAAAAGAUGGAUAAAGGUUUUGAAAUAGUCUUGUUACAGACACAGACAGUCAGUCUGUGGUCAUAUUCCAAAAGUGUCUGAAUGUGCAGAUUCAGGGUCAGUUUUUGGUUUGUUACUCCUAGUGGUGAAGCAUAGGAUAAGUAAAGGGAAAACCCUAUCCACAGAUCUGAUAUCAGUUAACAUUUAUCUGCAUUGGUUCCCGUCUAGUGAUGUACUUGUUCAGUCCAUUAACUUUUUCUUCAGACUGAAAAUGUGCCUCUUCAGGCAGAAAAGAGCCUACCAGUCUUUAUAGCAAAUAUACAGCAAUUAUUUUAUCUGGGUGAUACUUCUAUUAUGAAUUACUUGUUGCAGUUGCUGGUAAACUGCAUUGUGUGUUUUUAUGGAAUUAAUGUUGUAUCAUUGCUUUUCUUUGUUAAAGUAAAAUGUUAGGAGCAGGCAUGUCUGCCAGUGAUGAAAUGAUGAACUUAAUGUUUUUUUGAUUAUCCAGGAGAUAUGAUAUAAUACUGUACUUCCCUCUUUAGUUAAUCGAGGUCAUCACUGCCGUGUGUGAUCAUAAGAUAUGUGAUUGACUGGCUUGGUGUACGGUACCACCAUCAAAUCUCCGACAAGGUCAUGAAAUAUUGUACUACUGAAAUAAUAUUAAAAGUUGCCUUGUGAAAUUUUGUGUGUCGAUUCUCAAGCUGGUCUGAGAUUCUGCACACACACAAACACACAUA